ACCUUCUGAAUCGAUUUGACAAUGGUGCCAUCGUUUCUAAGUUCAGUCUACUGGUUUGGAAAAUACCUUCGUCUCUGCUUCAUCACCGCCGGGCUCACUUCUCAGUUCACCGAUCUCGACAAUGGCAACACCACCAUUCACUUCUGGGGACCCGACCCGACCAAACCGACCUCUGGAAAACCGCCGUUGGUUCUGAUCCACGGCUUCGGCCCCAUACCCACGUGGCAGUGGCGAACCCAGGUUCAGUACUUCGCCCCGAAAUUCGAUGUCUACGUCCCCGAACUGGUCUUCUUCGGCAGCUCCACCACUCGACUGGGCGACCGCUCUGAGCAGUUUCAGGCGGACGCCGUCGCCGGACUGAUGGAGAAGAUCGGCGUGGAGAAGUACAGCGUGUUGGGGACGAGCUACGGUGGAUUCGUGGCGUACAAUGUAGCGAAGAGGUGGGGAGAGAGAGUUGAUAAGGUGGUGAUUGCGAGCUCUGCUACGAAUAUGAGAUUGAGAGACGGUGUGGAGUUGCUGAAGAGGGCCAAGGUGGAGAAGAUUCAGGAGCUUUUUCUUCCGACCACCGUUAAACAGUUGAGGACUUUGCUCAGUCUCACCGUGUAUCAGUUGCCGGAGUUUGUGCCCUACUCCUUACUAUACGACAUGAUCAGAAGAUUGUUCUAUGAUAAUAGAAAGGAGAAGUCUGAACUUUUUGAUGGAUUAACUAUUGGACGAGAUGAUGAAGCAAAGGUUGUUCCUUUAGAUAAGGAAGUGUUGUUAGUAUGGGGAGAUCAUGAUCAAAUAUUUCCUAUCGAGCUGACCAUUGAACUCAAACAGCUCUUAGGAAAGAAAGUGAAGCUAGAGGUGAUAAAAGAGGCAUCUCAUUUGCCCCAAAUUGAAAAGGCUGAUGAGUUCAAUAAGAUUGUCAAUAAUUUUUUGAGGGAGUAG